AUGUCGUCGUUAAAGGGACUUGCUACUUCAAGAACGUAUAGCGAUCUGGGUGAUGAAUUGUUAUACUUUUUGGGACGGCCUGGGUUUGCCCUCGCCGCAGUCCAGGCGGACUUUCUCAGGUCAUCGUGGUUGAAGAACUGCGGGCGAGGUGUUGAAUCUUGGCAUACUAUCGGCAAUGCUAUCAGACAAGCCCAGGAACUCGGACUACAUCGCCAGAAGGAAAUAUACCAGUCAAGCCAAAGUAAUAUUGAGGAAACGCUAAGUAUGUUCUGGUACGAACAAAAUAAGAAACGCACAUGGAUCAACCUAUUUGUGUGGGAUGGUUACAUGGCUAUGAUUCUUGGUCGCCCCCGUAUGAUUCACAUGGACGACUGUGAUGCGAAGCCACCCAUGGAUUGUAACAUACCUGGUGAUCCCUCUACGGCAAUACCGAUGACAGUGCGGCCCGAAGACAGACAGAGCAUCUCAACCGCCUCAGCACCUCUUUUUCGAUACGCUAUCGCGCGCAAAGCACACGAGAUGCGCGCUAUCAGAGCGGACUGCCCUCGUCUAAAGAACUACUCUAUUGUCAGAACACUCCACGAGGAAAUAACCUCGAUGGUGGAAGCAUUGCCUGCAUUUCUACGGUUAAAGAACCCAGACACUGCCUGGGACACAGACUUCCCAUACCUGCCACAGCUCCGCCAGGAAGUGCAAGUCAUGACAAAUGUGUUUCUAAUGACAUUACACCGACCGCAUAUUAUUUCUAAUCUAGAGAGUCGAAGAGCCGCCUUACAGGCCGCACUUGAAACGCUGGAUUGCCAGCAGUCCUCCUUUGCGCAUGCCAAACAGCACCAAUACCACCUAUUUGGCUUCGCUUUUUACACAGUCGAUGCCUCAUUUCUGCUCUCCAUCAUCAUGAUUCUAUUUCCGCCGCAGAGCCAUGAGACCAAGCAAAAAAUCAGCAACAGCCUUCAGCAAGCGAUUGAGAGCCUCUCUGCUAUGAAGACUUCUAAUGCGAUAGCGGCUGCAGGCUUGGAUAUUAUCCAGCGUUGCUAUCAAAGGGUAAAGAGCUCUCCCGAAUCAUCCAGCAGCAUAUCUGAGGCGAGGACACCCUCAUAUGAGACCCCGGCGGAUGGAUUGCAUAGCCUUAUAAAGGAUCUCGGCCAGCAGGACUUUCUUCCACUUGCAGAUUCGCAAUCCAAUCUCCCUCAGCCCAAUACGGCUUCUGGACUUGCCUAUUCGACUACUCUUUCCCAACCAAUCCUAGAGAACUUCAAUCAAACGUAUUGGUUGGAUCAGUUAAAUAUCAUUGAUCCACUCAUCUAUGAUCAAGAUCUUGGCAAUCUGUGGGAAAAUUUGUUUGAUUGA